AUGACCGACCCACAGUCGCCAGGUGCAAAUGCACCAUCAAAUGGCAAGCCGGAAACGGAGUACGCCCCUGGGGACGAUAUGUGGACACAAUUCCGCAACAUUUACUCGAUCCUCAUGGGAAAGAUGUCCAACGAGGGAAUCGAGCAGUUCCGGGUUGCGCGAGACGUCCGGAAUGAAGCUGCCGAUUGCAAGCGCUGCGAGGACCAGCGGGACUAUUUACUCCAGUACAGUCCAGUCAUCCGCUUCCUCAGCGAUAACAUUCGUCAGCUGGGAGGCGAUCUCUACGGCCACAACAUCUACUGCCGUCGAUGCACGAAUCGUAAGGCCGGCGGGUUUGAUCCAGAGUAUGGGAUUCUACUAUGUGCAAAUGAGAUGAAAGAUCAGGGACAUUUGGAGGACACAAUGGCCCAUGAGAUGGUUCAUGCCUACGAUCACCUGAGGUUUAAAGUCGACUGGACGGACAAUUUGCGACAUGCGGCCUGCACUGAGAUUCGAGCCAGUUCGCUGAGCGGCGAGUGCAGAUGGGCACGCGAGUUCUUCCGGAGAGGACAGUGGAAGCUCACUCAGCAACAUCAGGAAUGUGUCCGAAGACGCGCAGUUUUGUCUGUCCGGGCAAGACCGAAUUGCAAGGAUGAGGCCCAUGCCCAGCGCGUUGUCAAUGAGGUCUGGGAUAGCUGCUUCCGAGACACGCGACCAUUUGAUGAGAUCUACCGAUGA